CAAUUCUAACAUAUUAACGUCUAGGAUAAUAUAACAACACUCCUCAAGCUCUAAUUAACUAACUCAUCAAAUUCCCCAACAGAAAACAAUGUAUGCUUCUACUUCUUUUACUUCACAACUCCUCCAUGAGCUUCUUGUAGAAUCACACACAAGAAGGUUACUCUUCCAAAACCCAGUUGAUCAUCAAUUCACACACAAUAACAAUUCAACUAACUCGUAUUUUGGAGCUCGUGAGUUUGAAUCAAAUGUUGUGAUGAUAGUUUCUGUCCUAUUGUGUGCUAUUAUUUGCUCAAUUGCAUUAAACUCCAUUGUAAGGUGUGCCCUAAACGUAGCCAUCAUCAACGACUCUUCUUUGAGUUCUAGCAUCAACUCUUCACCUCAAUUUGCCAACAAAGGAAUCAAGAAGAAAGCUCUCAAGACAUUCCCAACAGUAAGUUAUUCAACUGAGUUGAAACUACCAACUUUGGAUACAGAGUGUGUGAUAUGUCUCUCAGAAUUCACAAAAGGUGAAAAGGUGCGCAUUUUGCCUAAAUGCAAUCAUGGUUUCCAUGUUCGUUGCAUCGACAAAUGGCUAAAAUCACACUCAUCAUGCCCUAAGUGCAGACAGUGCCUCCUUGAGACUUGUCGAAAGAUUGUUGGAUCGGAAGCACCGCCUCCUAUGUUGCCGGUGCCGGAAACUAUUAUUAGGAUUCAGCCACUAGACCAUGAAGCUUUUGAAUGUAAUUAUAGGGAAGAAAACAGAUAAAUAUUCGUUAUUUGUUUGAAAUUGCCUUAGUUUGACCGUAAAAGUAAAUAUACAUGAGUUAAAAUUAUAAGUACAAUUAUUUUUCAACAACAUUGUGCAGAAAGUAAUUAUUUGAACCGAUGAUAAAAAAAUGCCUUCAAAAUUUUUAA